GACUAAUACAACAGUCACAGUGACCACUCCCACAGCAGAGACUUACAAAACUUCAGCCCUUCCAAGACUCUGCACACAAGAAGCCUCUUGUCAUCUUCACGUCUUUCCACACCAGCUCCAACGUCGCAGUCGACUAGCACUGCUAUUGCUUAAAGGAAAACCAUGUGUUGUGCACUUUACCCACAUGUCAUAUUCUUCAUCACUAUUUGCUUUGGGAUCAGAGUAGAGACAGAAGAAGCCUGCAAAGAUAAAACCUUAACAGAAAUGUCCCAAAAGGUAAACGACAUAUGGGUCACAUUUCUCACUGGAAUUCCCCUUGGAAACAAUCCAAAUAGAACUGUCUAUUCCACAUGUAACCUACAACCAAAUCCAAAACUGAAUGCAGAUGAGCUAAAAAUCACUGGCAUGAUUUUGUUUAAGCAAACCUAUCCAAAUGGAAAACUAGAAGCCAUCUUUACCAUACAAGGGUUUCCUAUUGAUGUGAAUCAAACCUCACGAGCAAUUCAUAUCCAUGACUAUGGUGACCUCAGCAAUGGCUGUGACUCUACCGGUGGACAUUUCAAUCCCUAUUCUGUAAAUCACCCUCAGCAUCCAGGAGAUUUUGGCAACUUCCGUGUCCGUAAUGGGAAGAUCCAACAACACUUAGAAAAUCUCGAAGCUACACUAUUUGGCCCAGUUUCUGCAUUGGGAAGAUCAAUUGUUGUCCACAAGUUGGCUGAUGAUCUUGGUAAAGGUGGCAACAAGGCCAGCUUGGAAAAUGGGAAUGCCGGCACACGUCUUGCUUGUUGCGUGAUUGGUUCUACUACGAGCAGCAGCUGGAAUAAAUACCUUCGAGAUAAUGCAAACCAAAAGAUUCAAAGGUUGUCGAGGCGUAUUAGCAACGUGCAAAAAGUCAAAAACUGAACUCAUACUUAAAGGCUAUGGAUAUUCUUGAAAGCUUUUUUACUAUUUACAUUGACAACAAGAAAGGGUUAACCAGGUGUAUAGCACUAGCUGUCUUUUUAUAGCCACUGCUAACCGAACGACUUCGACGUGCUCAUAUGUGAAGUAAAUGUAGACUUCAAUAACAAAUCUCAUGAAAGAGAAUGAAUUUGAGAGGGAGAAAAUUUGUCAAUUUUUUUUUGUGGAUCAUUCAAGAUUACACAGCAAGCGAACUUGGCAAGGACGCCGGGAAGGGACGUGAAAAUGCAGAGAUGUGACAGAGGAUACAGCUUGUUUCAUGUAUAGUAAUCCUUCUACAGACCUCAAAAGGCACUUCUUUGGACCACAAAGGCCGGAUGAAGUGUAACAGUACGUGAAACAGGCUGUAGCCUCUGUCACACCCUUGCAUUUUCACCAUCCCUCCCAGCAUCAUAGCCAAGUUCGCUUGCUGUAUAAUCUUGAAUGAUCUACAAUAAAUGUUGACGAAAAAAGAAGAGCAUUUCGUGAAUGCUUCAUUUCAUUCUCUUUUAUGAGAUUUAGUUUUUACUAUUUACAUAAACAAGGGUGUAGUCCAGCUUGCUUGGAUAGCAUUGUCAGCCAAGCAACGGACCAAAAUUGCAGCCACAUAAGAACACAAGAGGAUCCAACAUAGAGAUAAUGUUAAAAUCAACAGCAUUUUUUAGAAAAUCAUUCUAAAAGCUAUUCUGGCAUAGCAGGAACCAGAUAACUGUCGCGUUUCAGGUUAAGGCAGCCCUUAGUUCUAGGAUAAACCCAUAUUGCUGGAUGUUGUCUUUGUAUCAGUUGGUUUAGUUUACCAAUAACAAAUACGGCACCCAUAUUGUUAUUGCUUAUUAUGGUGCAAACAAAUAUGCUCUCCAUAGGUUUUAUCAAAAAUUCUGCUUAGUUUCUCUUUUACAGCCUCUUUGUUUUGAUGUAUAGUUCUUUAUGCUGUGUCCUGUCCAUCAGAGAAGCAGUUUACUAGCAGGGUUUCAAGCCCUUAUCAGUUCUGUUAUGAAUGAUCAUCUACGCAGAUUUAUGACCAAAUCAAAGCAAAAAUUAGCUCUGGUCAUAAAUAAGCUUAAAAUUCAGGAGAGGAGAGUUGAGGAACUGGACAGAACAGAUAACCCUCUGUCAAAACAAAGAGGUUGUAAAAGAGAAACUAAGCAGAACAAUAAAGAACAUGUUCUUUUGCUCCAUAAGUACUACACAAAUCAUAAAAAAAGCAUUCAAAAAUGUCAAUAUCCUUUCAUGCCAAAUCUCUUAUAUAGCCCUACUCAGCUUUUAGAACGUGUUUCUGUUAGUAUUCACAUGUCUGUGUUUAUAAAUAGGAUCAAUGCACUAAUUACUAUUGAGCAUUCUUUUGUAUAGUUUUAAAACUGUGUAUGUUCUAGUAAGCUAAAAGGGCAAUGAAUAAAUAAAUAAAUAAAAUAUUCUAUGAAUCCUUA